UUCUUCAAGGAGAACCCAGAUUAUAAUAACCCUCUUUACAACACCAAGAAUGGGGUGUAUUCUAAGGGAUGUGGGCUAGAUAAUGUGUUGAUGUCUUGGGGGCAUGAUGACUAUAUGUACUUGGUGGCUAAGGAAAACAAGACCACACUACCAAAUGUUGGGCUGUUUAUCAUUAGAUAUCAUUCUUUUUAUCCUCUGCACAAGUGUGGAGCAUACACCCACUUGAUGAAUGAUGAGGACCAUGAGAAUCUCAAAUGGGUCAACAUUUUCAACGAGUAUGAUCUGUACAGCAAGAGCAAAGAGAGGAUUGAUGUUGAUAACUGUAAAGCCAUACUAUGAGUCUUUAAUUAAGAAGUACUUCGCAGAGAAGCUCAAGUGGUGAAAUUCUUGAGUUUGGAAGGUAUUGGUGGUUCUACUUUAACUGGCUAAUCUGCUU